GUUUUUAUUGCGAAAUAUGAAAUUAUUGUCUAUCAUUCCAUUAACACCGUUCCGGAAAAAGAAAGCCUGAAUUAUUGUAAGGAUUUAUUUUUGCUAUUAUAUCUAAUCACAAAAGUAAUCAAAACAAACUUUGAAUGCAGUCUUCAGACGUUAGCUCAUAGCCUAAGGAAUCUUUGUGUGUAUCCAUGACAUAAUAUGUCGAUCGGCACCAAGCAAAGCAGACUUGUACGUAACUACCUCUGGGUUCGAUUUGGCAGGUGUAGUGUUUGAGCCCUUUGUUCGGGCCAACAAAACGCCUAAUGAGAAAGUCGGUUUCUCACAAUCAACGUAUGCGUUGAUUACCCGGCUGAUCUGGGAGAAAUUUUUUGUCUUGUUUUAACUUUCUUUCAUUUUCAACUGCUUUACAGGAGAACUAGCUUCAAAACACAGCUUCAUUUCCUCGCCUGCGUGUUGUAUGUUGCGAGUUAUAAACAUUUUAUCAUAAUGCGUGUAAUAGUGUUAGUAUUUUUCACAAACAUUUCUAUAAGUUGGUGGCUGGAUUGUUAAAAGUCAUUGAGAUUGUUGGCUCCAGACCUUUUUCUGCUUUAUUGAAAGCAGCGACUAAAAUACCUGACAGGAUCCUUCUCUGCUCAUUCGCUCUGAAGAGGACCAGGACAAAGGUUCUACUCUUCAUCUCAGAAGUUUUUAUCAGAUAUUGAAUCAGUCACUGUCUUUUAGAGAGUCUGGGCAAUAUUCUAUUAUAUCAAGAGCACAGAUUUUAAGGCUGUUUGUUAAAAUAGACAAGCUGUGUAUCGAAUCAUUGUGGUAAACAAACAAUUCAUUUUACGCUCGUCUGGAGAAAAAUAGGUCAAGUUUGAAGGAGACUGGACGAAACGGACAAGCUUGCAACAGAGUUUUGAGGAGAACAAAGAAAGCAAUUUCUGCCCAUCCUUAUUACCUCAUUACACAAGGACUUUUUAAGACAGACUUUGGCAAGUAAAGGGUAAAGGGUCAGCUGUGAAGAAACGCGCUGUCUCUUCUGUUGUAACGAACUGAUCCUUAUUUUGGUUUGUGACAAAAUAGUCUAACCAAGUUACUUAUAAUGGAAAUGUCUUCCUCAACAAUGCCAUCAAAGUCACACAUCAAACGACCGAUGAACAGCUUCAUGGUCUGGUCGAGAGAAAAACGCUGCGAAAUAUUAAAGAAACACCCUGGUAUUAACAAUGCAGUUGUUAGCAAAACUCUUGGAGCAGCUUGGAAGAGCCUCACAGAUGAAGAGAAGAAGCCAUAUGUCUAUGAGGCCCAAAGAUUGGCAGAACAACACAGAGAUGACCACCCAGAAUACAAGUAUCGCCCAAGAAGAAAGAAGUCUCGGGCAAAGGCGAUGAAGAAUUCAGAGGAUAUGUCGCCUGUGAAAGUUUCACCAACGCAUCAUCCAGCUAAUGUACCCUGCAUGUGUCACGUACAAAAGGCGCCAACAGAGUAUCAUAGCCCACCCCGAUUUCAGCACCCGAUGAUGGCCCCUGGACCUUAUCCUUAUCCAUCCCAGUUUUACGAAUAUCCAUCACCAAUGUGCUGUCCCCAUGAUGUGCACCCUUAUAGAGAAAAGGCCAGUUUCGGAGCGUUUAUUGAGCGCCAAGAAGCGAUACACCGAUCAGCCGGCUAUUACGCUAGGGAAUAUGAAGGGAAAUGGUCAGAAGCUUACAAGCCACCAUGUACGCUUGGGUGUUGCAGUCCAACUGAAGAGUACAUGAGGUACAUGAGGUAUACUUCAGCGUCGAAAGAGAUCGCACCACGUUAAAUAUAGCGCGAACAUUCUUAUGUAAUGUAAGUCUGUACAGAAAAAUAAUUUUCUACGCAAAUAAUAUUUUGAGAUAACUAGAUUACCGAGAAUAAAAACCAGAAGUUCUUUCUGUAAGAAAGUUGGCAAAACAGCGAAUUGUCUCUUUUCAAGCAGGAAUCGUUAAACAGGGCAUAAUAAUUAGCAGCUAGAUAUCUAGUGAGAUUGGACAAUUUUUAGUUUUGAGAUAAGAAUGUCUGUAAUUAGAUGCCCGUGUAUAGAAAGUUUGUGUUAGUGUUUGUAAGCAUAGUUGUAAAUAUGUGUGCUGCACAGAAUGAAGAAUCAUUAAAUAAUAUUGAUAUGUUAUAAGGUGAUCAUUGUUAUUUGUUGUCAAA